UUAAGAUGGAUCCUGACUACAGAACCCAGAGUGUUCCCUGGGAGAUGCCCAGAGAUAUGUUUCCAAAACAAGAAUAUGGAUCAGAGUUCAGAAUACUAUCUCAAUGGGCUGCAAGCCCAUGAGGAUUGUGGGACUUGCUAGUAGAUAGAAUGGUCUCCAUCUAGAUGCUGCUGAGUUUACUAUGAAGUUCCGUUUUGCCCCUCUGCCUGCAGAAGGAAGCUGUCCCCAUCACCUACUAUGGAACCAGUCAUUCAAUGACAAGCGUAAAAAGAGCUUCAUCUUUUCACGAAAAUUCCCAUUCUACAAGAACAAGGAGCAGAGUGAGCAGGAAACCAGUGAUCCUGAACGGGGACAAGAAGAUCUCAUUCUCUCCUAUGAACCCGUUACAAGGCAGGAAAUCAACUAUACCCGGCCAGUGAUUAUCCUGGGCCCCAUGAAGGAUCGAAUCAAUGAUGACUUGAUAUCUGAAUUUCCUGAUAAGUUUGGCUCCUGUGUGCCUCAUACUACGAGGCCAAAGCGUGACUACGAAGUCGACGGCAGAGACUAUCAUUUUGUCAUUUCUAGAGAACAAAUGGAGAAAGAUAUACAAGAGCACAAAUUUAUAGAAGCUGGCCAGUACAAUGACAAUUUAUAUGGAACCAGCGUGCAGUCUGUGAGAUUUGUAGCAGAAAGGGGCAAACACUGUAUACUUGAUGUAUCCGGAAAUGCGAUUAAGCGGUUACAAGUUGCCCAGCUCUACCCCAUUGCUAUCUUCAUAAAGCCCAAGUCUCUGGAACCUCUGAUGGAGAUGAAUAAGCGCCUAACAGAGGAACAGGCCAAGAAAACCUAUGACCGGGCAAUUAAGCUAGAACAAGAAUUUGGAGAAUAUUUUACAGCUAUUGUCCAAGGAGACACCUUAGAAGAUAUAUACAACCAAUGCAAGCUUGUUAUUGAAGAGCAAUCUGGGCCUUUCAUCUGGAUUCCCUCAAAGGAAAAGUUAUAAAUUAGCUACUGCACCUCUGACAACGACAGAAGAGCAUUUAGAAGAACAAAAUAUAUAUAAUAUAAUACUUGGAGGCUUUUAUGUUUUUGUUGCAUUUAUGUUUUUGCAGUCAAUGUGAAUCCUUAUGAAUGUACAACACAAACUGUGUGAAGCCAUGAAGGAAACAGAGGGGCCAAAGGGUGGGACAGAAAAGACAUUACAGUAUGCAGGAAGGCUUUGGUUUGCUCAAAGUACCAGGUGUAAGGACGAACCUCUGAUGGGCUCUCUGCCCUAGAGAUAGGCAGCCUUCUCACCCCAGCAGAUGUCCAGAGUUGAUUUAGCUGCUGAGCUCUCUGUUUUUUGCUUUAAGAAAAGUUGCCAGCACUCGAACCUCACCAACCUUCCCCUUCCCCACCUCUGUAAUUGGUACACUUUGAAUUUUAUAACUAUGCACAUCCUUUGAUUUCUUAACAAGCAAAGGAAAUAAGGAAACCAGAAAAGAGUCCCUUUGGAGACGACAUACUAUCUGGGGAGGAUGAUUGCUUAGUUUCCUUGGCUGGCAUGUGCAAAGACAAGUGCGUCAUAAUAUUGACAACUUGUGUGGAGAAUGAACCUUACUGAGGAGGGAUCCACCUGGACUAGCUUUAUGAUUGUCGAUUGUCUAUUUUGCCAUUUAUAAGCUGAAAGAAGGCACUAAA